CGAAGCUUCAGGCUUCGUUCUGGUGUAUGCUUUACAGGAGGUAGCGGGAGGAAGGCGGCGUCCUUGGAAAGGAUGGAGCCAUGGGGGACAGGCAGACUAAGGGUGGGGCUCUCCCACCUGGCCCCUAACGGGCCUGCCCUAGCUUCCUGUUCCCUCCCUUUCUACAGCACUGAGGUCCGGGAGAAGAGAGGGAGGUUGCGCAGCUCAAAGGUGAAAGUGUUCCGUUUUCAAGCUUGGCAGGGCCAAAAACUAGUCUGCUGAGUUGAAGCCAGGAUCCAGGGCUCCCGGCUCCCACAGUUCCCACACGUGGCUCUGGAUCUGGUUCUGCUCCCAGACGGCUGACGCUCAUGUUGCUGCUCAUUCUCCUCUGGCUCUUGAGAGCCUCCCCUGGGGAAGCAGGAACUCCAUCCAUGACCACAGCCGCCUCUCCCUCACGUAUGCUUGGUGCGGAAGCAGCCAGCUCGGCUCUCAGCAGAACACCGCAUGCUGGGGGUACACCUCAGUGGCUUCUCAGCCCUCAUCAGUCCCCUAAUCCAGCUCUCAACAGUGGGGAAGACACCCCCAGGACUGCUGGUAUGACCAGCAACUUAAAGCUCACUUACAAGUCAUUACUCAGUCCUGACACCGUGACAGCCCCGAUGUACAAGUUUGUCAUGAAGGUUGAGACCAAUCCUCCUACUGUCUUGGUCUACAUGUCCACCACCGAGUACAUUCCGGUCUCUGGCUUCUCAAUCAUCACCUCGCACCCCACCACGACCUGUGUAACCAUGACCUAUGUACCCUUCACCAAUUCUUACACCACCACUCCCAGGACUGACACAUCAGUGACAGCCAUCACUACUACAUCACCUACCGUCUCUAUGGGGAAAGUGACCUCAUCCAUGACCUCUGCUUCCACUGUCACUGACAUGGGUGGCAUACCCACAAUAACGUCACCACCUCCUUCUUCUGUCUCAACCAUACACACAACCCAAGGUGCUCUGACUUCUUCUACCACGGGGACCACAGGAAUGACCACCAUGACCCCAACAGGUAUUCAUACAACAUGGCUUACUUAUCAGUCUGCUACCGUUCCUUCUCAAAUUCCCACGACAACCUCUUUAACGACCAUAACGGAUAACACUGCCCCACCCAGCACCACAGGCAUUAUUACCAAACCAUUUCCUACAGCAAGCAGUUCGCUCAAAACAGAAACUUCCUCCACCCGUUCCCUGGGUUCCACCAAUAAAUCAACACUGAUUACUUCUGUUGCUAAGGAAAGAACCAGUCAUUCAGGUGAGCCGUCCGUAGGGGUGACAAUAACAAGCUCUGGGAAAACUACACAUAAGCCCAUGAGCAACACUCCCAGAGAGGUUGUCAGCACAGCUUCUUCUUACCCACCCACACCAACGACAUCAUCUGCCAACAUGGUGACGAUUUCCACAUCCGACAUGGCUACCUCAAUGACCACCAGCCAUGUGACAUCACCACCAAGUACGUUUCUGCCAUCUGCUUCUUCUGAUAUUGACUCAACCUCCAAAACACCCACACCUGGGACGGUCUCAAUUUCCAGUUCCUCAGGACUUGUGGAGACUUCCCGAACCACAGACAUACGGUCUUCCCAUGGUCCAGACAUCCCUACCACAGUAUCAGCAGCUACCAGCCACCUGCCUGUAGACACGACAGGUUUCAUGGCUACAAUGAUAAGUCUCGGGUCAGCAAAAACAGCCCCCUAUGGGACACUCACAUCUGAAACCUUGCCACCUAGUGAAGACACCCAGACCCCUACGAGGACAAGUCUCACCACAUCAUCUGUGGACAACACUGUUUCGUGGGGCACCAUGACAGACUUCACCUCGGCCCAGGAAGCUCCCAGCACGCUGGUAACACACACCAAUUUCAUUUCAUCUUCCUCCACAUCAGAGAUCACUAAUACACUUCUUAACAAAUCUCAGCCCUCUACUUCCAGUGUGCUGCCUACACUUUUGAGUACUGAAAAUUCUGGAAACACAAGUACCCUUAAUACAAGUGUUCCAGUCACAUCCACACUCUCUCCAUCCAUCCUUCCCGGCAGCUCUGGGACCCCACAGAUUGACAGUGUCCCCUCAGCUCCAACCAUCACCCAGACAGUCCAUGUGGCAGCUGAGUCCACCCCGACACCCACAACUCUCACCACACUCACAGCCCCCACACCCACAGGGCCUCCUCCUCCUACAUCAGCGGUGACUGGGACAGAUCACUCCCCCUUCCCCAGCCACGCUGCCACAUUUACUGGAGACACCACACUGGAUCCCACCACAGACCUUCCUAUGGAUUCUCUCCAGACAGAACUCACCACGACCCCUCCGACCCCUUCUUUAGUUGUCUCUACAGACGUGUGGCUUUCUGAGCGAUCCAGCCCACCCUCUCCCCUGAGCACUAAUGUGAUCACAUCACCCACAGGUAGCAUGCUUUCCUCUUCUCCUGCCCUAGACACACAAUCUGUCACCACUGGCAUGGUAUACACCACCCCUUUCGCUACCUUAACAACAAUGCUCCCAAUUACCAGUGCCGUGUCUACAGCAGUGUCCCAGGUCAACUCCCCUAGCUUUCCAAACACCACUGUUGGACACAGCACAUCAGAUAUCACCUCUCCUACAACCACCACACUCACACUGACCCCUGACACCCCUGUCACACCCACCACCUGGCCCACCACAGAAACAUCUGGAACGGCUACCACACGCUCUGUCACCACAACCACCCCGACAUCUUUGCACAGCACUCCUGGCCUCACAACCUCAGACAGUUACUCUAUGCACAGGACGUCCACAGCUACCUCUGCCUCACAUCCCAACACCCCUGGUACUCUAGAGACACUCACAUCUAUAGCCUCAUCCUCUUCUAGUGUAAGCCUCUCCACAGUCACAGCCACAGACCUCCCUUCCUCAUCCACAGGAAACAGUGGUUCACCUACUGUGGUACUCACCUCACCCCACACGCAUUCCAGUAUAUCCACAACCCACACCAGUAUCGCCCCAUCUUCCCUUCUUGUUAAUAGCACAGCAAUAACAACACCGGUGAGUACCCCCGAUACCGACACACCGAGUACAGCAGCUGCUUUUGGAAGCACUGGAAACACCCAACCACAUUCUCUCCCCGUCAGCAUGCCUGCCCUAACACUCUCCACAUCGAUGGCUGAGGUCAGUUUGGGGAACACACAGACAGAAAGUACAGCUCUGAGCAACCCCCACACACUGCGCACGACAACAGAAUGGCUUCCAACACCCACAAGCACCCCAUCUACAGAGCCUCUUUUAACCACUGCCCGCCUAACUCCCACCACAGACCUCCUUACAGAAUCUCUCAUGACGGAAAUCACAGCCACGUCCCAGAUCAUGUCUCCACUCACACCCUCUGAUCCACUGGUGAACACCAAGGUGGUCACUUCACCUACUACCACUGCUCUGUCCUCUGUGUCUAUCUCAAGCAUGCAUCCGGUCACCACAGACAUCACACACAGUGCCCUGUCAUCCACCUUGGAGACGGCAUUCCCAGCUUCCAGUGCCUUGUCCACAGGUACAUCUCAGGCCACCGACUUCAGCUCUUCAACCAAUGCCAUGACGGCGUUGACAUCGGAGAUCUCCUCUCCACCCUCCUUCACAGACACGCUGGCCCCUGACAUUUCUUUCACAUCUACCUGGCCUUUGCUACCCACCUCAGAAAUAGCCAGGACGUCUACCACACAUUUUGUCACCACGACCACCCGGACCCUAUCUCUUGUCACUUCCGGCCUCACAACCUUCAACAUCUACUCCACAGAUAGGAUCUCCACAACUCCUACCACUUCUGAUGUGAGGGACACAGGUGCACCUACAGCUUCACCUACCAUGGACGUCUCCACCAUUCCAACUACAUCUCUUAUUACAUCCUCUACAAGCGACGCUGUCCCACUGGUCACAACAGACAUCCCCCCAACCCAUGAAGGUUCUAUCACGUCAACAGCCCACACCACACAUGUCCCUUUUCUUUCAAGCUCCCAGAACUUGGAAACAACACCAUUUAUGACUUCAACACCUCUGGCACCCAGUAGGACAGCUACACCCUCAGGCACUGGAAACAACUCGAGUCCAUUUGCUACAAACCUUCCAGUCACAUCUGCAUCUUCGUUGUCCCUCUCUACUGGCAGAACAGGAACCAGCCAGACAGGUAGUACACCCUCAUCUUCAACCUUCCCCCAUUCUCUUGACACAACAGUUGACUCCACCCCAACAGCCACGACCACCAACACAUUCACAACAGCCACAUCCAUCAAACAACCUCCUACUAACCCACCAGUGACUAGCAUCUUCUUCACCACCAUUAUGACACCCACUAGAAAAGCCACAAUGACUUCCCCCACAGACCUUUCCACCUGGUCUCUGAUGUCAGAAGUGGCAACCACAACGUCCAGCAGCUCUUCCUUAGCCCCAUCAGAUACAUUGACUUCCGGGGAAUUCAAGACCUCCACCUCACCACACACAAGUGGGGUCCCAUCCUCGACAUUUGUCCCAAACUCACAGCCAAUCACUGCAGACAGCACACAUACUCUCCCACUGUCAACCUUGGUGACAACACUCCCAACUACCAGUGCGACAUCUCUAACCACACCUCUAAUCUCUUUCCCCAGCUCUCCAACUAGGUCAGUUACAGAAUCCGUACCCCAUUACACAUCUCCUUCCUAUACCACGGACACCACUGACAGCUCUUCAACCACCAGGCCCUCUCAGCUCACUUCUGUGACAGAGGAGACGGUUACCACAUACACGGCUACCCAGGCCACCUCCCUCAGACUUUCUACCUUUACAAAUGUAGAGAGCUACGUGACUGACAGCACUUCUGCGGUCUCCUCCUUACCUAUCACACACCCCGUCACCGCCACAGCCUCAUCUCGCACCCCCACAUCCAUCAUGGCUGAGCCAUUGCUUACCACAGGAGGCGCUCACACCCUCAGAGCCUCCAGCACUCCACCAACCCACGGCCUUUCUUCCUCCAUCCACUCCAGCACGGAAACACAACUCGUGAGCACACAACACACCCCGUCCACAAGUACAACAGAUAAUCCCUCAAAUACAGGAAACCCCAGCAGUCAGCCUGUUACAAGGACUCCAGGGAUAACGGCAUUCUCCUCCUCCAUCUCUGCCAGCAGUGCUCUGACUUCCACAGCAAACGGGGUUCUGCCCUCUGUCUCUGACUCAAGCACAAAACUAGUCACAGCUGGUCCCACACUCAGCACGACGAUAUCUGCCUUGGAGACCACACUCCUAGUUACACAAGCGACAUCUGCAGCUACACCUGAGGUGACCUCCCCCAACUCUGUCAGUAGCUCUGUUACCCAUUCCCCAUCCCACAACAUUUCUCCCACCUCAACCUUAGGUACAAGUUCCCCAGACACCUCUGCCCCACCCUCAUGGCCCUCCACGCUCCCUUCAGAAACAAGGAGUGAUGUCACCACACAGAUGACCACCAUGGCCACCACUCCCAGCUGGCCCAGCCUCACCUCCUUAAACAGCUACCCCACCAUCAGCUUGUCCAUGACUGACAUCUCUUUAACUCCUGUCAGUUCAGACACCACAGGGACCCUCACACACAAAAUUCCAUCAACACAUAGCUCAGGCCUGCCCACCAUGACAGACACAGCUCUCACCUCCUCAUCCAUGGGCUUCACGGAGCCCUUGACCACAGCGUCACACACUGCCACCCUCACAGUUCCCAGCCUGUCUCCUACUGACUCCACCCCAUCUAAUCCCACCAGCGGGCACACCGUAACCACUCUUGUCUACACAGCCCACACCACGAGCAGUGUGACAGCUGUCCCCGUCAGUACUGGAAACUCUCCACCUCCCCUUGCCUCGAGCUCCCCUGCUGCAUCUGCCUCCUCCUCAACCAUCUCUGCCAGUACAGUAGGGACCACACAGAGUGUCAGUGUCCCCUCAGCUCCAACCAUCACUCAUACACUGCCCUCCUCACCUGAGUCCACCCAGACGCCCACAGCCCUCACAACACUCACAACUCCCACCUCUGUAGAGACUUCCCUUCCUCCCUCGGCUGUGACUGGGACAGAUCAACACCCUAUCCCCAGCCUCACUGCCACUUCCACUGGGAAAACCACAGAGAAUGCUGCCACAGGCCUUCCUACAGACUCACUCACGACGUACACAGCCGGGAGUUCCCCAGUCACAUCCUCGGUCACUGUCACAGGCCCACUCACCUAUGGCAGAUCCACAGUGCCUUCCCAUGUCACCUCCAAUAUGGGGACCUCACACACGAGUACAACACUGUCCUCUAUGUCUGUCUCUGGUUCACAGUCAGAUGCCACUGGCAGUGUGUCCAGCUCCCCAUUGUCUGCCUUGGUGACCUCACUCCCAAGCACUAAUGCCACAUCUGCAGCUACACCUCAGGUCACCUUUCCCAACUCUUUUAGUAGCUCUGUUACCCAAUCACCUUCCCACAUCACUUCACCCACCUCCACCUUAGGUACAAGUUCCCCAGACACCUCUGCCCCACACUCAUGGCCCUCCACGCUCCCUUCAGAAACAAGGAGUGAUGUCACCACACAGAUGACCACCAUGGCCACCACUCCCAGCUGGCCCAGCCUCACCUCCUUAAACAGCUACCCCACCAUCAGCUUGUCCACGACUGACAUCUCUUUACCUCCUGUCAGUUCAGACACCACAGGGACCCUCACACACAAAAUUCCAUCUUCACAUAGCUCAGGCCUGCCCACCAUGACAGACACAGCUCUCACCUCCUCAUCCAUGGGCUUCACGGAGCCCUUGACCACAGCGUCACACACUGCCACCCUCACAGUUCCCACCCUCUCUCCUACUGACUCCACCCCAUCUAAGACCACCAUUGGGCACACUGUAACCACUCUUGUCUUCCCAGCCCACAGCACUGCCUCUGCUCUGACGGGAAACACUCCUGUUCAGUCCCUGGGCACGAGUAUUCCGGUCACUUCUGUGUUCUCCUCAGCCACGGAGGGCAGCACUCCUGAAACUACACAGAACGAACCUGAGCCUUCAGCUCCAACACUUCUGCACACAUUGUACACAACUGCUGUCUCCACCCCACCACCCACGAUCACAGACACACUCCCAGUCUCCUUGUCUCCAGAAGGGAGUGCUCCUACAGCAGUGAGUGGAGCAGGAUGGCCUUCCUCCCCUAGCACAGCUGCUACAUCCAGUGGGGAAGCCACACUGACGCCUCAUACAGACCUUACAACAGAAUCUCCCCAGACACAAAGACCCUCAGCUCCACCAACCACUUCUUCAGUCACACCCACUGAUACUCUGGCUUCUGGCUCACCUAUCCCUUCUUCUCCAGGGACCAGCAGUGCUCUGACUUCCACAACAAAUGGGGUUCUGCCCUCUGUGUCUGACUCAAGCACAAAACUAGUCACAGCUGGUCCCACACUCAGCACGACGAUAUCUGCCUUGGAGACCACACUCCCAGUUACACAAGCGACAUCUGCAGCUACACCUGAGGUGACCUCCCCCAACUCUGUCAGUAGCUCUGUUACCCAUUCCCCAUCCCACAACAUUUCUCCCACCUCCACCUUAGGUACAAGAUCCCCAGACACCUCUGCCACACCGUCAUGGCCCUCCACACUCCCUUCAGAAACAAGCACCACACAGAUGACCACCAUGGCCACCACUCCCAGCUGGCCCAGCCUCACCUCCUUAAACAGCUACCCCACUGUCAGCUUGUCCACGACUGACAUCUCUUUAACUCCUCCCACACCACGAGCAGUGUGA